CUCGUUGGAGCAUAACCUAAUUAAUGGUAUGAUUCGACGAAACUUGCCCGCUGAUAAUAGUUCAAGCAGGCAUCUAGCUGCAUUGACCGCACGAUUUUCGGAAUAAUAUAGAAAAAUCGAGCAAAUAGCGCUGCCCCGCAUCAGAAUUCAAUUAUCCCUUCAUAAAGACAAUUUGGUGGUAUUAAUAUAUCAAGGCGGUCAAUUGGUCAAUAUCUAAGGUGAGGGGUUAAGCAGGCUGCCAACGGCAUAUAUUUCUCAAGUCUCCACUCAACGCCCCAUUUCCCAUAAAACACUUAAUAUGAUAACUUUCGGAGUCUUGCAACCAUAAUGAAUCCAAGAACGUCACAUUACCGCGAUAUCACGAAAAAUACUUUUGGUAAUAAUACUAGGAUCCAUCAAGGAGAUAUCCACAACCACGACAGCCACGCCCGUGGUCAGGCAGAUCCUUGCCUAACAGAUUUAAGAAUCACCGAUCCCCGCGAUGACAAAACGCGCAUUGAGGAAACCAAAGGCAACCUGCUUAGGGAUUCGUACUGCUGGAUCCUCGACCAUGCCGACUUCCAGAUGUGGCGAAACGAUCCACAGUGUCGGCUACUCUGGAUUAAAGGGGACCCUGGUAAGGGAAAGACCAUGCUGCUCUGCGGUAUUAUCAAUGAACUAGAGAAGCUUGCAGCAUAUCGCCUAUCAUACUUCUUUUGCCAGGCGACUGAGGCAAGACUAAGAAGUGCACCGGCCGUACUGCGGGGGCUAAUCUAUAGCCUUAUUGUUCAACAGCCAUCGCUUAUUUCUUAUGUGCGAGAGAAGUACGAUCACGCAGGCAAACAGCUAUUUGAAGAUAUAAACGCCUGGACAGCUCUGUCUAAGAUAUUAAUGGCGAUACUUAAUGAUCCCUGUCUUAAAGAUGUGGUCUUGAUCAUUGACGCUCUCGAUGAGUGCAUAGAAGAACUUCCACGCCUUCUUAACCUUAUUAAACAGAUUUGCUCGGCCUCCUCUUCGUCCUCUCAUGUCAAGUGGAUUGUGUCAAGUCGUAACUGGCCUGGCAUUGAGAAUAGGCUCAAAAAUGCUGAGCAGAAGAUCAGUCUAUGUCUCGAGCUGAAUGAGGAUUCCAUCUCGGCCGCUGUUCAAACUUAUAUCCAUUAUAAGGUGAAUCUUUUAGCGGAAGAGAACAGCUAUAGCAAUAAAAUACAAGAAGAGACUCAACGCUACUUAGUUUCGAACGCCAAUAAUACCUUUCUUUGGGUGGCCUUAGUGUGUCAGAAUCUUAACAAUGUCAGAAGCUGGAAGGUACUGAAGAAGCUAAAAACUUACCCGCCUGGUCUUAAUUCUCUUUAUGAAAGGAUGCUAGACCAGAUACUCAAAUUAGACGAUAAUGAUGAUGUGUCUCUCUGCAAGCACGUCCUCACUAUAUUAUCGACAGUCUACCGGCCAGUUACCUUACAUGAACUUCAUUCUCUUAUUGGAAGUCCUGAGGAGUUUUUAGAAGACAUCUCGUUAUUUGCAGAGAUAAUAUGUCUCUGCGGCUCUUUUCUUACCAUUCGUGGUGAUACAAUUUACUUUAUCCAUCAAUCAGCAAAAGAUUACUUAACUACAGAUGAAGCCUGGUCUACUCUCUCUCGUUCUAGCGCAAACGAUAUUCAUUAUACUAUCUUUUCUCAAUCGCUUCAAUCUAUAAAUGCCACGUUACGACGUGAUAUUUACUGCUUAAGAGAUCCCGGAUAUCUUAUCAGCCAACUCCAACAACCUAAUCCAGAUCCCCUAAUCGCUGUAUGGUACUCAUGCGUCUACUGGAUUAAUCAUCUUUGCGAUUAUAAUAUUGGCGAUAAUACGAAGGUUAAUUUCCAAGAGGGAGGCUUACUUGAUACAUUCCUGCGCCGUCACUUUCUUCACUGGCUAGAGGCGUUAAGUCUUCUGCAAGAGACAUCAGAAGGCAUCCUUGCAUUAGCAAGGCUUAUGGAUCUGCUUUCGGAACAAACAUCCCAGAGCCAAAUGUUAAUCUUGGUACAAGAUGCCAGACGAUUUACUCUUCGACAUAGAUGGGUGAUUGAAUAUACGCCGCUCCAAGUAUAUGUCUCUGCACUUAUAUUUAGCCCCCUGCAGAGUCAAAUGCGGAUGAUAUACAAGGAUGAAGAGCCAUCAUGGAUGCCAUUAAAGCCAGCUGUAGAAGCAGACUGGGAUGCCUGUCUGCCGACUCUAGAGGGCCAUAGCGGCUGGGUGACGUCGGUGGUCUUCUCACCCAAUGGCCAGCGGCUUGCCUCAGGCUCAGACGAUAACAUAGUUACACGAGGUACGGCCCAUUAUGGCUAUGGCAUAAACUCUGAUAAAACAUGGAUCACAAAAGAUGAUAUGCCUUUGGUUUGGCUGCCUUUAGAGUAUCGACCAACUGCAUCAGCUAUAUUUGGAGCUACAGUUAUUAUUGGAUGUGCAUCUGGUCGGGUAUUAGUAAUGCGGUUUUCUAUAAACCAGGCUAAUUAACAAUGAAAUGGGUUCUAUUUCUAUUAUCGCGACCCAACACAUAGCCAUUGAGGAAGACCGCAUAUGACAAGAGCUUAUAAAAUGAAAUAGUCAAAACGAAGUCGGUUCUACUAGGCUCGAUCGGUCGACGAGGGACAAAGCCUUAAGGGGUGCGUAAGAUAACAUACUCUAUAUUUUAAUAACUUUGUAUUGGACGGUUGAAGGGGCG